AUGAUCCAGUGUACCCAGACCAUGACUGAAAUGGAACCCAUGGAUUGCUCUGGGGCAAAAGAUUUCUCUGAGACAGAUAUUUCACAGGCCAGCCGGAAGGCAGGAACUCGAGGGAAGGUGGCGGCUGCCAAGCAAGCCCAGCGGGGAUCUUCAAAUGUCUUCUCCAUGUUUGAACAAGCACAGAUCCAGGAGUUUAAGGAGGCAUUCAGUUGCAUUGAUCAAAACCGAGAUGGCAUCAUCAGCAAAUCGGACCUGAAGGAAACCUACUCCCAACUUGGAAGAGCGAAUGUGCCUGAGGAAGAGUUGGAUGAGAUGCUGCAGGAAGGCAAGGGCCCAAUCAACUUCACAGUCUUUCUCACACUCUUUGGGGAGAAACUCAAUGGAACUGACCCUGAAGAAUCCAUCCUCAGCGCUUUCCGCAUGUUCGACCCCAGUGGCAGUGGGGUUGUCAACAAAGAAGAGUUUAAGCAGCUGCUCCUGACGCAGGCAGACAAAUUCUCUCCAGCUGAGGUGGAGCAAAUGUUUUCAUUGACACCUAUGGACUUGUCGGGAAACAUUGACUACAAGUCUCUGUGCUACAUCAUCACCCAUGGGGAUGAGAAGGAGGAGUAAAAAGAUGGGGGGAAAGGGUGGGCAGCAGAGGGCUGAGAUCAAUAAAACACAGAUACCAAGAUCUAGUGCAGAGUCUUUUCUUAUGUUUGGGAGAAGCACAGCAGGAGGCUGGUAGAGGGACAGAUGGAGGCAAUGUAGAUUAAUGGGAAAAGCAGUGUGGACCAAGAGGCAGGAGAAUGGAUUCAGGUUUUUGCCCCAUC